GCACCACUUCACCACGUCCACGCUUCACUAAUCCCCAUUCCGCAUUCGUCUGCAUUUGCACGGUUUCUGCUGCCACCCGCGACCUCCCACCACCUCCCACCACCACCCACUCCCUCCCUGCCGCCCAAUACUUGCCCAUGAGCACUUCUGCAUCAGUGCAUCCUGAUUCCUGAUGCAGGCCUCAUUCGCCCGUGCGAUCGGAGGCGCACCCAGGCCCGCGCUGCAAGCCUAUGGUGGCAUUGGUGGGUGCCGUGGCCACCCCUCCCCCCCCCCGGACCCCUACCCGUCCUUAUCCUGCUUCAUCCCUGACAUUCCUGUGCGCCGAGAUUUCUACCACUCUGGCUCGCCUCGCGUCCCGGCAACGCGCGAAAAAAAGCCCAAUCUUUGUUUUGAUUCUGCUGUCGUUGGAAGGAAAAGCUCGGGGCUACCGUCUUCCAGGUCUGGAAAUCCCUCAAUCCCACCACGGUUCCCACCCUGAGCUGCCGCCAAGUCCGAGCGAGAUGACGCCGUCGCAAAUUGUCGAUGCCCCGUCAGUGGCCGAUAUGGCUCUUUUCCUUCCACCUCUUAGUAGUAGUAGCAGCAGUAGGAAAUUUACUCUUCCCGGCCUAGCCAGUAGCAAGCAUGUAGCUAGCUAGGAAGCAGAUCGGCCCAGCUCGAUAAAAAGAGCGCCCUGCCCACCCAUUUCAGACCAGCUCUUCUUUCUUCCUGUUUUCACUCCCAGUUCGGUGCCAGUGUGUGAAGUUGUCGGACCAAAUCUCCCCUCUCCCCCUUCUGUUCCUGCACG